UUUCCCUCACACUGACGGUCAAACUGUCAGAGAACGUGAUAGAGGAGGAAGAGAAGGAGGAUUGUUGACCAGUCAUUCAGUUGGGACUCUUUUCACCUGUUAUGGAAUACAAGAUUGUCCAGAUGGAAACAGCGCCUCUUACAUCCUCCUCACUUCCAUUUACAGUCUGAGCUUGGAUCUUGACUCGCUGUGCCCGUACCUUAUAUCUCAUAUAUCUUCAAACGUUCCCUCUUCCUGUCCCAAGACAUUUCUUCUCUUUUGCCUUCUUGUCUUAUUUUUUUGCUGAAGAAAUCAACUUGAAAAUACCCAGAGAUUCCCCCCCCCCCUUUUUUUUUUUUGACUGUCACUCUGGCCCCGACUGACACAGCACAUAAGGCCCUCAAGAGAUUUAGGGUUUGUGGGGCAGACAAGAAAACCAGAGAGAAAAACAGAAAGCCUGUGAUUGACAGCAAUGGCCAAUGAACCCUUCUGAAUUUCAUUUGAAUAUAAUAUAUUUUUUAAGAUUUUGCCACCUUAGUGCAAUCUUAUGGUGUCAGUGAAAACUGCAUAGAGGUUUAAUCAAACCAACUCUGGACUCUGGACAUUUUUCUUUCACCAUAGCAUGUUAAUUUACACUUCCUAUAGUCCAAAGUGACUCUUUUUCAUAGCAUAUUUAAUCAGAGAUAUUGAGCAUCAAUCAUGCACUCCAGGUCACUACAUGUUGACCUCCUGCUGCUGGGUGUGCUCCUUUUGUGGGGACCCAGGGGGUCCAGGGGCCAGAAUGACACAGAGCCCAUCAUCCUGGAGGGGAAAUGCUUGGUAGUAUGCGACUCCACUCCUUCGUCCGAGCCAGCCGGUAACGCCCUGGGUAUGUCGGUGCGCUCCGGCUCGGGGCGAGUGGCCUUCUCCGCCAGCCGCCAGACCAACCACGAGCCCACGGACAUGAGCAACCGCACCAUGAUCAUCUACUUUGAUAAUAUUUUGGUGAACGUUGGCACUCAUUUCGACCAAGAGAGCAGUGUUUUCCUGGCACCAAGGAGAGGAGUGUACAGCUUCAACUUCCAUGUUGUGAAGGCCUACAACAGACAAACUAUCCAGGUCAGCCUAAUGUUGAACGGCUGGCCGAUGAUUUCAGCUUUCGCCGGGGACCAGGAUGUGACCAGAGAGGCGGCCACCAACGCCGGUCUGGUGAUCAUGGAGAAGGGGGAUAAGGCCUAUCUCAGACUGGAGAGAGGCAACCUGAUGGGAGGCUGGAAGUACUCCACCUUCUCCGGGUUCCUGGUCUUCCCCUUGUGAGGAGGAUGGAUGGAGAGCAGGUUGAAGCGUUGUGUGGGUGAUAGGGGGAGAACUGGACGGAGCAGGAAGGGGGGAGAGACGGAAUGAAUGGACAUGAGGAGAGAAAAAAGUAGACAGGUUUCAAUCUGCAACUCAAAACAAAUGGCAUGGAAAGUGUGUUUUAUGCAAAAUGCAGAGAUGAUUGUGAAAUUUAACCUAAUCUUCAAAUAAGAAAAAAAGAGGUUUGUCUUUGAUUUUCAUUUGCCAUGUUUCUGUGCAUAAAUACUUGAUGUUAUGAUUUAAGAGAUGUUUUCAUUGUGAUCAAAUUAUAACAUAGCCAUGUGCAAUGUGGGCUUCUGUGCAAAGACUAGGUGAGAAUAUUUCCUUUUUUUAUUCAACAUGUUCGAAACACUGCUGUGCUCCACCUGGCAUCCUGUCUCGCUUACAAACCCGCCAAACGUACCUUUUAUUCUGCUGUGUCGUAACACUGAUGCUCCUCUAUAUGCCUGUUACUCUCCUGCAAAAGUUUAUUUACACAGAAAUUUAUAUGAAGAAAUGUUAAAAUAAAAAUCCU